AUGGAACAAGUAACAAUCAGAUACCUAUUUGUCGAUUCUGGCACCUCGAAGAUGGCUAUUGACUUCGGAACCACAGAAUUCGUAUCGCAGUUUCUUGGUGUAUUUCCCAAAUUCAUUUUGCUGGACGAAAUCGUAACAUUUGCUACUAGAGGGCGGAAUGAACUGGUAUACAAUAUCUUCCACAAACUGGAACAAAGGCACCGUCGGGUAAGAGAUUCUUGGCGCGAUGAAAACGGGGACAGUAUCCUACAUGUCAGUGCCGAGGUUGCCCAUAAUCGCCGCCUCAAUGUGGUGUCUGGUGCAGCAUUUCAAAUGCAACGUGAAAUACAAUGGUUCAAGGAGGUUGAAAAUACAAUGCAAGAGAAGGAUAGGUUUAUGAUGAACAACAAAGGGGAAACAGCUCAGUUUCUUUUCACGGAGAAUCAUAAAGACUUAAUGGAAAAAGCAGAGAAGUGGAUGAAAGAGUUACAUACGUCGUGCAUGGUAGUAGCUGCUCUUAUAGCUACCAUUGCAUUCGCAGCAGCUAUUACGGUACCAGGGGGUAAUAUAAGCGAUAUGGAUAGUGGUGAGAAUGGUUUUCCAGUGUUUUUGCACAAGAAGUUAUUUAUGCUAUUCGCGAUAACAGAUGCCUUGGCUCUAUUCUCCUCUGUCACAAAAUGGGCUAUAUAG